AAAUCUUCUAGCAAUCGAACGUGUUGUGGUUGUGUCUCCUCAGAACACACACACACGCACACAAACACUGUUAAAGCAACUACAGUAAAUAGAAGAAAAAAAGAAGUAAACGAAAAAUACAGUUUUUGCAUUUUUCGACUAACUGGUGAAAAGGAAAAGCGCGUGUCUCCCAUUGACUUGGUCAAGCAAACAGCUGCUGCAAUAUGCCACCGAAUGCUCAUGCCGGUGCCCCGUCCAUAACGGACUCACUGAUUGCCGCGGCGAAUGCCGCUGCUGAAUCUGAACAGAGUGCCACAAAAUUGCAACAGGACUCGACUGGAGUGCUCUUUGAAUGCGAUGUUGAGACUACUGAUGGUGGACUCGUCAAGGAUAUUACGGUUCUGAAGAAGGCCGAAAAGCGAAAAUUGAAAUUGGUCUGGCGUAAUAUUAUUGCCUUUGGUUAUUUGCAUUUGGCUGCACUUUAUGGAGCCUGGUUGAUAUUCACAUCGGCUAAAUGGCAAACAAUUGCAUUGGCUUUCGGUUUAUAUGUGGUUUCUGGAUUGGGAAUUACUGCUGGUGCCCAUCGUCUAUGGGCUCAUCGUUCGUACAAAGCCAAAUGGCCACUGCGUGUGAUUUUGGCUAUCUUCAACACAAUUGCCUUCCAAGAUGCCGCCUACCACUGGGCCCGUGAUCAUCGUGUGCAUCACAAAUACUCGGAAACUGAUGCUGAUCCUCAUAAUGCUACCCGUGGCUUCUUCUUCUCCCAUGUGGGCUGGCUUCUGUGCAAGAAGCAUCCGGAUGUUAAGGCCAAAGGCAAGGGAGUUGAUCUAUCCGAUUUGCGUACAGAUCGUGUACUAAUGUUCCAGAAGAAAUACUACAUGUUAUUGAUGCCCCUGGCCUGUUUCAUUCUUCCCACUGCCGUGCCCAUGUACUUCUGGGAUGAGUCUUUGGUUAAUUCGUGGUUUGUGGCCACCAUGUUCCGUUGGUGCUUCAUUCUUAAUGUCACCUGGUUGGUGAACAGUGCUGCCCACAAGUUCGGUGGUCGCCCCUAUGACAAGUUCAUCAAUCCCUCUGAAAACAUUUCGGUUGCUGUACUCGCUUUUGGAGAGGGCUGGCACAAUUAUCAUCAUGUGUUCCCUUGGGAUUACAAGACCGCCGAGUUUGGCAAAUACUCCCUAAAUUUGACCACAGCAUUCAUCGAUUUCUUCGCUAAGAUUGGCUGGGCCUAUGACUUGAAGAGUGUGUCACCCGACAUUAUCAAGAAGCGUGUCAAGCGAACUGGCGAUGGUACUCAUGCCACCUGGGGCUGGGGUGAUAAGGAUCAACUUAAGGAGGAGAUCGACGACGCAGUCAUUACACACAAAAAGAGCGAAUAGAUCACAUCAGGGAGUUUUAAUGAAAAAUUGAAAGCAACAAAACAAAAAAUACACAUUUACUGAUGAUUUCCCCCACCCCAUAUUGCACGUGGCCGCGGAACAAAGCAAAUUGUCCUAACCUGCAUAUAAAGAUGAUGCGGGAUAAGGAUGAGGAAUUCAGAAACCCAUUUAAUUAAUUUUAAGUAAAGUUAAAGAUAACAUUUUGUUUAUCGAAAACUGUAUACCGUCUGUGUUAAAUCAGCUCUGGAAAUGUUUUGUCGCUCUACAACUGCUUUUGGAGAUACAUACAGACAUGAAAAUUAUCUUUAAAUUUAUAUAUCGAUUAUUAUUAUCUAUAUGUAUAAUGCGAGUUGUAUGUUUAAUCGUACAAUUGAAAUCAAAUUGGAGCUUCUCCUAUACACACAGUUAUUUGGAGCUAAAGCUCAACUAAAAUAUGAAUUGAUAUACACAUACAAAACAAAACAAAACAAAAUGUGAAUUUUAUGUUUCAAAACAAAAAAUACCUGCAACAUAUAACAGAAGAUUUUAGUAUUUAUAGUAAACUAAAACAAAGAGUGCAUACAAAAAUCACGAAACUACAAAUAUAUAUAUAUAUAUAUAUAUAUAUAUAUAACAUAUAUGUAAUUUAAAUAAACGAUCUAUGUAGAACACUCACGAAAUGAAUUCCAUAAUGUCGCAUUACUCAAAAACUUGGAUGGGUAUAAGUUUGAAAUCGAAAAUUGUGAAUUGACCAAAUCAAUCGCAAAGUAGGCUGGGGAAAAUAUUGAGAAUUGACCAAAUCAAUCGCAAAGUAGGCUGGGGAAAAUAUUUCCCUCUAACUUAGUUUACUUAUCAAAGUCAUGAGACUAUAUUUCUCAUUCUAUUCUCAACUACAGUCGAAAUACAACCGAAAUACACACUGAAAAAAGUCCUAAAUUUUUAUUGUAUAAACAUGUUUAAUCAAAAGUUACCAAAAAAAAAACCUAACAUUAAUUGUAAUGUGAUCCAGGCUCUAUAUCUUUUGCAUGCUUCGGGUCCUAGAAGUUUUGUCCAGCGGGAUACAAUAGCGGAGAUGGUGAAGAUCCAGAUGAGUGUUCAGAAUCCACAAAAUUCAAUUGAUGAAUUGAUAACGGAGUCAUUAAAUACGUUAACAAGUACCGGCGUAUUGGCUCACACCGGGACAUCUGAAUAUGGAUUACGUUGUGUCCUGCAAUAUGACAACGUUCAACGAGAUUUACCUGCCGUACCCGUCAUGCCCAUACCGCGUGUUACACCUAAACCGCCCACCAUACCGCGUUUAGAUCCUAACAAACCGAAAACUGAUCUCAUAAGCAAGGAAUCAAUGUCCGGAGGCGAACUGACAAAGGCUCGUAAGCGAUGGCGGUGCAAUAAUAAGGUUCUACCCAAAAGACCCUGCGAUCGAAAAAAGCGUGCUAAACCAAAAAAGGUUAAGAAAAAUAAACCCAAAAAGAGAGAUAGUUAUAAUUUGCAGGCUGUAACGGAACAUUUAAACCAAGCAUUUGAGAAAAUUAAAAGACAAGAACAGCGGGAACAAAUGCGACUCGCAAAGGCAGUGCCGGUCAUUCAGCAACAUCCUUUAGAUCUAAGCAAUAUUAAUCCAGUACCUUUGGAGAGAGGGCCUUCGGCUCACCCUUCAGGAGCUGCCCAAGGAAUGCCACAGCCACCUGACCAGCUUCCGGCUAUUGGAAAUACUUUAUGGAGUCCAGUUGACUGUUUUGACGGGCCCAAUACAGAUAAUGCCUCUAUGCUUGGACUUUGUGGUAGUCGAAUUCGUGCGGCUAAUCCUUUUCAGAGACGUUGGGCUCCCUUCUGGGAGCGGGCAGCUGGAAAUCGAGUGAAUGUUGAUGGCCAACAAGGGGAAAACCGGCCCGCAUGGGUGCGAAUGUCAUUACCUAACCUUGAUUUGUUUGGGAACCCAUACAACUAAAGCCAAAUGACAAUAAUAUUAUGCAGUACAUAUAGAGCUCCUAAUCAAAAUUAAUAUUUUAUCAUCUACAGAUUUUACAAAACUGUUUCAAAAUUUAUAUUUUGUACUUUCUUGACAUCUUGUGUGAGCAUAUAAAUGUUAUAAAUACCUGUUGCAUAUUAA